UUCCCCCCCUGUCCCCAUCUGCACCCGCCCCAGGGCAGGCCGCCAUCCAUGCGCAGGCUAGCCCAUCGCGGCAGGCGGCCAUCGGCGGCCACACCCCCUCACCCUCCCAGCUGCCCCAUUCUCACACUCCUCACCCACAGCAGGGGGCGGUCACACGGCAGCCACUGAUUGGACAGUUUGCCCAACCCCACACAGGUCGCCGGAAGAAGGGCAAGGGCAAGGGGACACCCGGGGCAGCCCGGCGCUCGGAGCAGCCGGACACGACUCCACCCUCUGCUGGCGCGCAGCCCUUACCAGCCACCACCCCUCAGGCGACCCCAUCAUUGCCCCCGGCCUGCCACCCACUGCCCUCCCAUAACCAGGAUGGCGAGCUUCGGACGGUCUCCCUCCCUCGCCCCACCCAGGCCUCACUCCCCUGUCACCCCCCCAUCCCGCCCCUGGCCCCCCACCAGACAGUCGCCGCCGAUGCCCCAUCCGCGAUGGAAAUCGAACCGGCGGUGGAAGAGGGGUCGUUAGCCUCUCGCAAGCAAGCCUAUAUCCCCCCCCAGCGUCGGUCCCCACCACCCGCUUCUUUGUCCCCCUCCGGUCCACAACCUCCGACCCAGGCCAGGUCCCACGGUGGUUCGCCCACCACGACCAACCAGCCUGCCCUGCUCCCCCUACCCACAGGCGGACAGUCGCAGGGGGCAGAUGGGGAGACGGAGGCGGCAGUUGCCGACCUUCUCAGGAUAUGGGACGCGUCCGCCACCCCCUCUGCGCCCGCUUGUCCGGGUCGGGUGGGGGGGGGCACCGUGGACCCUGCUCCAGACAUCUCCCAUGCCCCCCCUUCCCCCCCGUCCACCGCCCUCACACCGGAGCGCAUGGUGAUCGAUGACUCCGACGCGGCCCCCGACCACCCCCUCUGCCCAGACGCAUCCACUGCUCCAGCUGCCCACACCCCAGCUCCUACGUCCCCCGGCGAGGCCACUGAGCUAGCCUGCCAUCCAGACGCAUGCCCCGCCCUAGCCACUGUCCCCUUGGUCGUACCAUCCUCACCCACGCCCGCGCAUCCCGCCGUCGCUCCUCCCCCCCGGCCAUUGCCUUGCCCGCCCCAGACGCACGGCCCGCCCCCCACUUGGGCCACCGACCUCGGACAGGGGCCCAUCGAAGAGGCGAUCGGUGAGUCCUUCAGACGGGCGCUCGCGGCGGAGGACCCCGCAGGGAUCGAUCCCCACAUCGCGACGGCUUUGGCAGACCUUCCACCGUCAGUCCGGGCCUUGCUGCCACCCCUGUCCUCUUGCAUCUCGAGCGCGCCGGACGGUCUGUUUUCUGAGCAACAGGAAGGGCAGCUGGGGUGGCAGCAGGGAAGGCAGCAACAGCAGCAACACGGGCAGCGGCAAGAGGUGCUGCACGGGAGAGGGCAGCGGGAGCCGCUGCAGGAAGGGCAGCAGCUGCGGCAGCUCCAGCAGGAGGUGUGGUGAGAGAGACAGCAGCCGGAGCGGCUGAAGACGGUCGCCGCCGAUGCCCCAUCCGCGAUGGAAAUCGAACCGGAGGCGGAAGAGGUGUCGUUAGCCUCUCGCAAGCAAGCCUAUAUCCCCCCCCAGCGUCGGUCCCUACCACCCGCCUCUUUGUCCCCCUCCGGUCCACAACCUCCGACCCAGGUCAGGGCCCACGGUGGUUCGCCCACCACGACCAACCAGCCUGCCCUGCUCCCCCUACCCACAGGCGGACAGUCGCAGGGGGCAGAUGGGGAGACGGAGGCGGCAGUUGCCGACCUUCUCAGGAUA